CACCGUCUCUCUCUUCAUUCAUAAUCAUUUAUCACUCUCUCUUCUCUUUUACAGAGUGAUUUCACCUCACCUCUCUCUCUCUCUCUGAUUCUCUACUCUCUACCCUCUCUCUAGCUCUAGGGGGGCUGCGUUAGUGUAUUCAAUAAGCCAGCCUUUUCGCUUCGUUUCGUUUCUGCACUCUUAAAAAUCUCGUCUUUUUAUCCCCUCCAAGAUUUCAAGACUCCCCACAUUUAAUAAUAAUUGCUCUGCCGCCGUCAGCUGCGAAUAUUCAGAUAGAGAUAAUAAUAUAUUACUGUUUUUGCUUGCAUUUAUAGCCCCAAUGGAAACAGCGCUCCUUAGAAGAAGUUGUAACGGCCAUCCAACCGCGAGCUGUGCCGUAUAGCAUUUGGGCGGUGUGAUUUUGGAAGAAGCGUAUGUGAAAGCAUUUUUCGUGUGGUUAAGCAUGAACCCACCAUUGAAGCAAGCCUAAAAGAGUAUAAAGUCCAGUUUUUUCUUCCAUUUUCAGUCUUGGAAGGUUUAGGUGUUUAAGAAGAGGGGUUGAGAGGAAAAGAUGGAGCCACAGAGACAGAGUGAAGAGGCAAUAGUUCCUGGGAUUAUGAGUACUGAAACUGAGGUAGAUGAUCAGAGAGAGGAAGGGAGAGUUCAACAAGAAUCUAUGCUUGGUUUCAAGAGCUUUCUUUGGCAUGGAGGGUCUGUUUAUGAUGCUUGGUUCAGCUGUGCUUCAAAUCAGGUGGCUCAGGUUCUUUUAACUUUGCCAUACUCUUUUUCUCAAAUGGGGAUGCUCUCAGGGGUUUUGCUUCAGAUCUUUUAUGGCAUUCUUGGAAGCUGGACUGCUUAUCUUAUCAGUGUACUGUAUGUUGAGUACAGAACCAGAAAGGAAAAAGAGAAUGUCAGCUUCAAGAACCAUGUUAUCCAGUGGUUUGAGGUGUUGGAUGGCUUGUUGGGACCCAAAUGGAAAGCUGUUGGCCUGGCCUUCAAUUGUACCUUCCUGUUGUUUGGUUCUGUCAUUCAGCUCAUAGCUUGUGCAAGUAAUAUAUACUACAUUAACGACCGGUUGGACAAGAGGACAUGGACAUACAUAUUCGGGGCCUGUUGUGCAACGACGGUGUUCAUCCCCUCCUUUCACAACUAUAGGAUAUGGUCCUUUCUUGGACUGGGAAUGACAACAUAUACCGCGUGGUAUUUGACCAUUGCAGCCUUCGUUCAUGGCCAGGUUGAAGGUGUUACUCACAGUGGACCGAAAAAAAUGGUUCUUUACUUUACCGGAGCCACCAAUAUACUCUACACCUUCGGUGGGCAUGCUGUCACUGUGGAAAUCAUGCACGCGAUGUGGAAGCCUCAAAAGUUUAAGUACAUAUAUCUAUUCGCCACCCUUUACGUCUUCACAUUAACGAUCCCAUCUGCUGCUGCCAUGUAUUGGGCCUACGGUGAUCAGCUUCUCAGUAAUGCCAAUGCGUUUGCACUCCUUCCCCAAAACGGUUUUCGCGAUGCAGCUGUUGUUCUUAUGCUAAUCCACCAGUUCAUAACGUUCGGAUUUGCUUGCACGCCACUGUACUUUGUUUGGGAGAAAGUGAUAGGGAUGCACGACACGAAGAGCAUAUGUUUAAGGGCACUAGCGAGGUUACCGGUGGUGAUACCGAUAUGGUUCUUGGCCAUCAUAUUUCCCUUCUUCGGGCCUAUCAACUCCGCUGUGGGAGCACUUCUAGUUAGCUUCACCGUCUACAUCAUCCCCGCCCUCGCACACAUGGUAACAUACAGAAAGGCGUCGGCCCGGCAGAAUGCAGCAGAGAAACCCCCGUUCUUCCUACCGAGCUGGACCGCUGUGUAUGUAUUGAACGCAUUCGUUGUGGUUUGGGUUUUAGUCGUCGGGUUUGGAUUCGGGGGGUGGGCAAGCAUGAACAACUUCAUCAAGCAAGUCGACACCUUCGGGCUAUUCGCGAAAUGCUAUCAGUGCAAGCACAAGUCUCCAGAAACCAAUCACCAUACAUAGAAGGAAGAUCAGAAGAUUUUCUUCAUCACAGAAGAUUUUAAUGCUUUUUCUGACUUUCUGUUGGGGGUUAAUGUUGUAGUAUCUUGUGUGUUUCUGUUUAUGUUUUUGUGUUCAGAAUAUGUAUAAAGAUGUAUAAGAAGAUGAAAUGGUGACAGUUUCUUAGUAGGCUCAGAAUUGUCUUUUUGCCCUGAAAAUGAUAUGAAAGAAUGGGAUAAGAAUCUAAGA